CCUAAACCCUCUCCUCUCUUCUCUCUCUCUCUCUCUGUCUCUCUCUCUCUCUCUCUCUCUCUCUCUCAUGUCUUGUAUAACAAAGGCUGUAUUCAAGCCCUUGCCUAUGGCAAAUGGGUGCUUAAUUUCACUUCCAGCAAUCUUCAGUAGCAAAACUUCAUACCCAUAUCUUUCAAUCCCUUCCAAACCCAUCAAACUCCAUCUCUCAUGCUCCUUCUCUUCUUCACUACCCUCUUCUUUAUCCCUCAACAAGACGACCCAUUCUUCCUCUAUAGUCGCCUUCGUUGCACAAACCUCAGAUUGGGAUCAACAAGGCAAAGACACCACAAUCGUUGCUGAAGAAGAGUUCAGUUGGGGAAACCCAGAAGUUGGUGAUACAGACGAAGAAGGGGCAGUGGAGGUGGUUGGAGACGCCGGAGAGAGCGGCGGCGAAGAGGGGUUUGUGGAGGGAGAAGGAGAGGAGUCGUAUCCGGAGCUGUCCGAGGAUGCAAAGAUUUUUGUUGGGAAUUUGCACUAUGAGGUUGAUAGUGAGAAAUUGGCUCAGCUUUUUGAGCAGGCUGGUGUUGUUGAGAUUGCAGAGGUUAUUUACAAUAGGGAGACUGAUCAGAGUCGUGGGUUUGGGUUCGUGACAAUGAGCACUGUUGAAGAAGCUGAGAAGGCUGUGGAAAUGUUCCACCGUUAUGUAAGUUGUUUAUAUUUUUCCUUUUGUUAAUUUCAAUUACAUUUGUAUGUGU